CUGACCCGAAUCUAUACCUACCAUGAGCUUCUAUUGCGCCUGAAGCUACAACUCUACUCAUUCCCUCUCCAUGUUGACCAGCUACGUCUUUCCUUAUGUCUCAAAGAACCCUUUUUCGUGACAUAGCAUGUCGAAACACAUUUGUUUGCCAGUCUUGCCGUUCGAUAUUCAAGUCCUCGCCCCCGCAGUCAUGGGCUAUUCGAUAUAGCUCCCGGGUGGCCCAGCUAGGAGCUCGUCAACGGUCCAGCACUCAGACAACACAAAACAACCACUCUGCUACGCAGUCUUCUCGAGCCGAUCCCAAUACGAACACAGCCGCUGCUGCACUACUGAAGGAGCUCACGCAAAAACGAACUGGCGAACCGAUCUUGAAGUUCUUCGAAAAGGGCGAAACAGGCAAGGUCCAGCAGCUUGGGACCGAGGAUGCAUUCACAGAUUCCGUAGGCGGAGUGGCCGAUCUAGAAAAGGACCUCAAGCUUGACAUUGCAUCUGAUAUGCGAAGCAUCUUGUCGCGGCUCCAAGAAGAGGGCGCCUUGGCAACCUACGGUAUUACGGAUGUCGAGUCCAUUGCGAAGGAUUUCGAGGGGAAAUUGGGAGAUGCCAGCAACCCUGAAGAUAUGAUGGCGAGGCUUGACGACUACAUUAAGGACCUGGAGAGUCAGCUUGAUGCUGCUGGAUUCGACGUCAGCGGGUUUGAUGAUUCGAAUCCCGUGGCGACUAUGGAUGUCAUCGAGGCGACGUCUCGCCAGGACCCUUCGAAACGAAAGAAGCAUCCCCCGAUUCCACAGAUCCCCGAAAACGUAUGGAGCUUCAACCAACGAAAGCGUAUUGCACGACUGAAUGCUCUACUCUCGCGAACGACCAAGGAAAUACGGAGAGGGGAGAAUGUGACCGCAAAGACUGCUCAGUCAGUGUGGAAGACGUACAGUGCGGCGCGACAAUCUCUGGCAAAGGCAUGGGCGCAUGUUCCUCAAGAUGUAUGGAAUUUUCUCUGGGAGGUUCUGUCACUGGACGAGCCACAGAAUCGGAGCCGACUCACCUAUCUCUCGUUGUUGGCAAGGGAUAUGAGCGAGGCGAAGGUUGCUUUAAGCCCAUCACAGCAGCUGGUGACCGUGGAAGCCAUGUUUGUAGAUGGGUGGGAGACCAAGGCUAUUGAGGGCUGGAAGCGAUGCAUCUCGACACUCGGCGAUAGCGGCGCCGAUACUUUCCAGGAAUUUUGGGAGCUUGGAGUGCGUAUGUUCUGUCAGCAAGGGGAUCUGGCCCAGGCAGAGCGUGCAGUCAACAAGCUGCUGGAGCGUCAGCUCGACCCACGCAUCCUGAUGCCGUACAUCAGAAGCUGCGCCGCGAAUCCCGCAGACGAAGCAAGAACCAAGGCCUGGGACGCUUACCGACGCAUGAGAGACCUUCUCGGCACAUCCAUGAGCCUCGAGGAUUACGACCAAGUGAUCUCCUUCUUCUUGACGACAAACCAAACGGAGCCGGCCCUCCAAGCUUUUGUCGAUAUGAUGAGCUCUGGGACAGUGGAGUUGAAGGGAAGAGAGCGCUUGCCUACCCAGAUCGGCAAUAAGUUCUUCUUUGGGAAAUGGCUGAAACGCCUCAUUGGUGCCGGGGAUCUAGACGGAGCACACAGCGUCUUCAUUUUCAUGCGCUCUAAGGGCAUCGAGGCAGCCACUAUCCAGGUAAACGGACUCAUCGGCGCUUGGCAGAGGUCCGGCGGUGCCGACAACCUUGAAAAGGCGGACAAAUUGGCAUGGGACAUGAUCAAUGCCCGCAUCAACUUCGUCCGCAACCGACGUCGGCUGUCUUCUAUGGAGGGGCCGGUUCGCAUCGUCGAAGUCAAUGGAAAUGCCGAACUGGGCGCCAUGCCAAAGGCUACUCUCGAGACGUUCUCUUUGCUCGCCGAAAACUACCGCAUUCGACGCCUGCAGGGCGAGAUAGAGAAGCUCUGGGACGCCUUCAGAAAAGCAGAGAUCAGCCCAGAUGCCUUUAUGAUGAACCAGCUGCUGGAGUCGUACUCCCAGAACGGCAACGUCUUCGAGGCACGGCAGCUCUACCGGUCGCUUGUGUACGAACGCAAGGUGAAACCGGACCCGUACACGUUCAUGGCGUUGUGGAAGAUGCUGGGCGCCAACAGGCUGCACAAUGUCAGUGGCGAGGAGCUCGACAACGAAGUCAAGGUCACGCGCGAGACCUUUGCGGAAAUGGUUCGCUUCUCGGCCGUCUUCGAGGCCGAAGGCUUCGACGGCCAACUCGCACGCAAGGUGUUGCACACAUUCCGCCGGCUCAAGGACAACCUGGGCAUCGUCACAGCGCUGCGAGCCUUCGAGGUCGUCUUCAAGUUCACGCCACCCGAGGUGCUGGGCCUCGAGAUGCUGCUCGAGACCACCAGCCUUGCAUGGGAGACAGCCCAAGCGAGGCAGAAGCUUCGUCUCGUGAAGCGUAGGAUCGAUGCACACGUCGAGAACCGGCAGAAGCUGCUCGGUCAGUCCACGACGCUGGACGAGAUGACGCCCAAGCAGCGCGGCGAGGAGCUUUCGCAUUACAUGCAGACAGUGUACUUGCAGGAAGUCGGCCCUGUGCCAGAGAGUUACGUUGCACAGGUGGCCAAGGAGAUGGGCGUGUACGAUAUUUUGGCAAAGGCUUAAGAGGCCACGAAUACUCUCUGUAACAAAUAGACUUAGAUCUUGUACACUUAUAAUGACACCUAUCAUGACCACCAAGAAGAAUCCCCUUGUCUUUUUUCCAACUCGGUAGCCAGAUGAUUUACUGAUAACACAUGACACACCAUAUACCUGCCACU